CUCCAUCCCUGGUUCAUUCAUAAAUACAGCCAGCCCCGCCCCCCGCGCUCCGCCGCCCCCCGCAGCCGGGGAGGGAGGAUCCAGAGGCGGGGACCCCCCCCGCUCGGAGAGAUGCGGACCCUGCGCUGGCUGGCGGCCCUGGCUGCUCUCCUGGGGCUGGGGCUGGCCCCGGGGGCCGGUGGGGAGGCAGUUCCCGCAGGCCCGGCUGCGAUGUGCCCGCCGCGGAUCCGGCUGAAUUGCCUCCUACAGCGGCGUAAGGGCUGCGGCCCCGGGGGGAUCCGGAGCUGUGGCCCCUGCAUCCGCCCCUACCAUGAGGACCCCGGUGGGGACUGCGUCCUCGAGACGCCGCAUAGGAACGACGGAGCCAAGGGCGACGCGGGACCCGUCGACCUGGCCACCCUCAUCCGCUCCCUGGUGGCCAAAAAACAGAAGGGAUCCAGGACCCCUGGGACCGAGACCCCCCAGCAAGCUGGCUCCAUGGGGAUUGAGCCCCAGGUUCCUUCGGUCACCGAGACCCCCCCUACGUCUCCCCCUCCCCCCACGACUCCCCCCUCCGCCGAGAUGCCCGGCUCCAGCCCCCCCCGGCCGGAGGAAGACCUGAACUCGGCUCCCCCCGAUUCCCGGCUCAAUGAGGCCGUGUCUCUGCUGCUGGUGUUGAUGUGCUCGGUGACCGGGGUCUCAGGGCUGCUGGUGGCUGCCCUCUGCUGGUACAGGUUGCAGCGGGAGGUGCGGCUGGCCCAGAAGAUGGCAUAUACGGCAUAUCGGGGGAAUCAUUAUCGAUACCACCAGCCCAGAAUGUACAUGGACGCCCGGCUGGCCCAGUCCUGCCAGGUGCACCAGUACGAGCACCAGAAAAAGAUCCUGACCAAUGAGGAGAACCCCCCAAAGCCCGUCCAGCAGCUCUCGACGGAGUCGGAGACUGAGAACGGGGACUUCACUGUGUACGAAUGUCCCGGACUGGCACCGAGUGGGGAGAUGGAAAUCCACAACCCGCUCUUCAACACGGCGUCCGCCCGGCAGCGCUGCCCCCCCUAACCCUGCCCCCCUCAUUCAGCCCCCCUUCCCCGGAGCAGCACAGUGCCUCCUGGUGGAGACAUGGGGGGGGGAGGUGGAUCUGCUCAGAUUUUGGCAACAUCUUCCCCAAGAACCCGCCCCCCCAGAAAAUUUUGGGGGGGGGAGGCUAAAGGUGAAGGGUCAUCACUCUGAUGCGGGGACCCCCUAUUUCUCCCCUGCUCUCUACCCUCCCUGCAGACCCAUCUGUCCAGAGCAUGGUUCCUUUCAGGGAGCAGGGGCUGUGCUAUGGGGCCGGUCCAUAUGGGGGGAUAUUGACUGGGGAAAACUAUACAAGGUAGGAACCAUAGGAGGGUCUUAGUGAGUUCAGGAGUUGGGGGGAUUGCAUUUGGGGUGACACCAAGAGAAAAUUGACCAGGGGGCCCAUAUAGAAGGAUACUGACUGAGACUAAAGAGUGUGCGUGUCGGGGGGGGGGAGAGCUCUGUGCGGCAGACACCAUGGGUUCCCCUCACCCCCCCCACAGCCCACUCCCAGCAGGCCAAGGAGGGGGCUGGUGGGUACCAUGAGAUCAGGAGUGACACUGAAGUGACACCAGGAGACAGCCAGGGUGGCCUAUAUAAGGGGUAUAUUGACUGGGGGAACCUAAACAGGGUGGGAACCAAAGUUGGCAUCCUGCUGGGAUGAGGGCAGCUGGGAGGAGGGGGGACAAGUAUUGAAGUGACACCCCGGGACGAUAUUGACCAGCAGGCUAGUGGCUGGGGUGGGAAUCAUGAGAGGAGUCAUAGACUCAGAGGGGACAGGGACUGAGGGGGACCCAUAUUGAGGUGACACCAAGUCCCCCCCCCACCCACGGUAGUUUGACCAGGGGGUCGAUAUAGGGGGAUACGGACCAGGAACCGCCCCUCCCCCAAACACUCCUCUUCCCCCUAAGGCCGAGCGAGCGGAGAAUUGGAAGAUCCUGGCCGGGUGCACCACGGCCCCGCGGCGUCAUGCGUGUGCUGGCGUGUGGGCUGCGGCGUGGCCCUGAGGCUGGCGUGUGACCGAAUGGCCGCGCGCGGCCGGCCGGGUUUCCCUCAUCCGUGACGCCCCGGGCAUCGGGCUCACACGCGGGUCACAGCCCCGCUCAGUCGCGUGGCUGUCAGGGCUCCGGGUGUCCCGGCAGCUCCCACGCCCCGGGCUGCUGGCGGGGAAACAUGGGGCAGGUCUGAGCCCCCCAGCAGGGGGCGAUGACACAAACACGCUCUGGUCCAUACCAGGUUCCCAGGGGAGAUCGGAGGGAGAUGCUAGAGGCCCCCUGCUCCCCGCCUGCCCAGCUGCCCCCCCACAUACUGCUCCCCGCCAUGCUGCUCCCCUCCCACUCCGCCCCCCAGUUUCCCACCUAUUUAUUCAACCCUCCAACUUGGAAUAAAAGAGAAAAGCAAAAGA